CGCCGCCGCCCUCCGCCGCUCUGUUCUCUUAUCUGCCGCUACCGUUUGGGUGGUAUACUCUCCUUCUCCUCUAUCGGGAUCCGCCACUUUCGCAGGUCGACGCAGUUACAGAGUGCGGAGACCUUAGACUGCGUGAUGUUCGAACCCGGUCAAACUGACUCGGACAGACCGACUUGCUGCCUUCCCCAUUUCGAUUCAACUCGGACCCCUUUUCAUCAAUAGACUGGCCUGAUCGACCAGGCCGUUUCUAAACCUAGCUCCAGUUGCCCUAUUCAUCUCGGUCCUCUCUCUGUCUCUCUGAGCACUCCUGGACUGGAGAUGGCUUGGAGAUUGCUCCGGGUACUCCAACGAACUUCCUUUUCCAACCACACAAUCUCUCUCCCAAACCCUAAUUGUUCUCGUCUUAACCCACUGGCCGCCUCGUCGCCUCUUCUUCCGAAGCUUUGGAAGAGAUCUCACACCGACGCUGCGCCUCUGCCGUCUCCGACUCAGGAAACGAGAGCGGGGACUGAAAGCGGGGACAGCCGUGGUGCCAAGUCGACCUCUUUCCGCUCCUCUUUGAAUGAGGCCGAGGUCGCCAAGUUCGCCGCCAUUGCUGAAACCUGGUGGGACUUUCAAGGUCCAUUCCAGCCAUUACAUUUGAUGAAUCCAACUCGUAUAUCUUUCAUUCGCUCCACGCUCUGCCGACAUUUUAGGAAAGAUCCAUUUUCUGCUAGGCCUUUUGAAGGGUUAAAAAUUGUUGAUGUUGGAUGUGGCGGAGGCAUUCUGUCAGAGCCUCUUGCAAGAAUGGGAGCAACUGUUACAGGCAUUGAUGCUGUGGAAAAGAAUAUCAAAAUUGCUCAGAUUCAUGCUGCAUCAGAUCCAUUGACAUCAUCCAUUGAAUACCGUUGCACUACAGCUGAGGAAUUAGUUAAAGAGAAUGAGAAGUUUGAUGCUGUGAUUUCUCUUGAGGUAAUUGAGCAUGUUGCAGAUCCCUCAGAUUUUUGUAAAUCUCUUGCAGCAUUGACAGUUCCUCUUGGUGCUACUGUUAUCUCUACCAUAAACCGUUCUAUGAGAUCGUAUGCUACUGCAAUUGUUGCUGCAGAGUACCUCCUUAAUUGGCUCCCAAGAGGCACUCAUCAAUGGUCCCGAUUUCUUACACCAGAGGAACUAGUCUUGAUCUUGGAAAGAGCAUCGAUCUCUGUACAAGAAAUGGCAGGUUUUUUCUACAACCCAUUGACGGGAGAUUGGAGUCUGUCCGAUGAUACUAGUGUAAACUUCAUUGCUUUCGCUACCAGGAGAAACGAGUGAAUCUUCUACAUCGUUGAUCACCACCAAUUCUUCCUCGAUCCAGCAAUUCUAGCCGGUGUGCAUCGCUUAAAUUCCAGUAAUAAAGAAUUUAGCUGAACAGCAUUCAACUUCAGGUUACUUGAGACUGUCUCAUCUGCCUUGUUUUAUUGUAGAUAAAAGAAAUAUGAGGGAUUCGCCAGCCAUUCAGCCUAUCUCUCUACCUUAUAGACAAGGCAGUUCAAAUGGAUUCGCCAGCCAUUCAACCCCCCUCUCUAUCUCUCUGCCUUUGUUUUGUUUGGGUUUGAGGGCUGCCGAAUUUGAUAGGUUUCUUUCCAAGGGGAAGGCUAUAUAACAUUAUGAUUCAGAGAUGCCGUCUGUAGUGACGGCGAUUUCUUGGUACAGUCUCUCUUAUCUUAAUAAAAUUCUGUAUGUUCUCUUUCGGUACAA